GGCGCCCCGUGCCCCGCCGUCGCCCCCCGCCAAGCCGGAGCCGUCCGCCCGCCCCGUUGCGGCCUCGUGCUGCCUUACGGCAGCGCCGUAAAGCGGCGCGGGCGCGGCAGGGCGCGGCGUUGCGGCCGCGGGGCGCGGCGGGGCUGGCGGCCUGCGCGGGGCGCGGCGGCGGCGCGGAUGCCCGGCGGCGGCGGCAGCCCGGCGCCCUGCACUCAGCUGGGAGCGGAGGAGCCCGGCGGCGGCGCGGCGGCGGCGGCGGCGGGCGGCAGGAUGAGCCUGUCGCCGAAGGAGCUGUCGAGCCUGCUGAGCAUCGUGUCGGAGGAGGCGGGCGGCAGCACCUUCGAGGGCCUCUCCAGCGCCUUCCACCACUACUUCGGCAAGGCCGAGCACUUCCGCCUCGGCUCCGUGCUCGUCCUGCUGCUGCAGCAGCCUGACCUGCUGCCCAGCCCCGCGCAGCGCCUCACCGCGCUCUACCUCCUCUGGGAGAUGUACCGCACCGAGCCCCUCGCCGCCAACCCCUUCGCCGCCGUCUUCGCCCACCUGCUCAACCCCGCGCCCGAGCGCGGCGGCGACGAGGCGGAGCGAACGCCGCUCUCCGGCUUUUUACCUCCCAUAACUCCUCCAGAAAAAUUCUUUCUUUCCCAACUGAUGUUGGCCCCCCCUAGAGAACUCUUCAAGAAGACUCCUCGACAGAUUGCUUCAAUGGAUGUAGGGAACAUGGCUCAGUCAGUGGAUAUUAGCGGCCUUCAGCUAGCCUUAGCAGAACGUCAAUCCGAGUUGCCAACGCAGAGCAAGGCCAGCUUCCCCAGCAUUCUCAGCGAUCCUGACCCAGAUUCUUCCAACUCUGGUUUUGACAGCUCUGUUGCCUCCCAGAUCACUGAAGCCUUAGUGAGUGGACCAAAACCUCCUAUAGAAAGUCACUUUCGACCAGAGUUCAUUCGACCACCGCCUCCGCUCCAUAUAUGUGAGGAUGAAUUGGCAUGGUUAAAUCCAAUAGAACCUGAUCACACAAUUCAAUGGGAUAAGUCAAUGUGUGUUAAAAACAGCACUGGAGUAGAGAUAAAACGAAUCAUGGCAAAAGCUUUCAAAAGUCCCUUGACUUCCCCACAGCAAACACAGCUCCUUGGAGAACUGGAAAAGGACCCCAAACUUGUUUAUCAUAUUGGUCUCACUCCUGCCAAGUUGCCUGACCUUGUUGAAAACAAUCCUUUAGUAGCUAUAGAAAUGUUGCUUAAACUGAUGCAGUCAAGUCAGAUAACAGAGUAUUUUUCUGUCUUGGUCAACAUGGACAUGUCUUUACAUUCGAUGGAAGUGGUAAAUCGGCUUACUACUGCAGUUGAUCUCCCUCCUGAGUUUAUUCAUCUUUACAUCUCUAACUGUAUCUCCACCUGUGAACAGAUUAAAGACAAAUAUAUGCAGAACCGCCUGGUACGCCUUGUUUGUGUCUUUCUCCAGUCUUUAAUCAGAAACAAAAUUAUUAAUGUACAGGACUUGUUUAUAGAAGUGCAAGCAUUCUGUAUUGAAUUCAGUCGGAUACGAGAAGCAGCUGGCCUUUUCAGAUUGCUGAAGACACUAGAUACUGGGGAGAAUCCAUCAGAGACAAAAGCUUCAAAAUAAAACCAUUUUGUCAUUGGAAAGAAAAAUCAACAUUCUAUACCAACUUAUUGUACAUUUUAAGCUUAAAUCAUGAGAUUAAAUGAUUUAAUAUACUAUAAAUAGCAUUUUAUGCAUUUAAACAAUAAAUAUUGCUUUUUCUGAUA